GUUGGGAAGGGAAAAACGCGAGUGACUAGUACGGCGCACUCCUAGCACCGUCGGCGACGGCGGCAGUAAAAGCGGGAGACGGCGAUCUCCUUCAGUCCUUCGGUUGCUCUCUUUUUUGGCAGUGUUCAAUCGUCACUUAGAUAAAUGUUGGUUGAUAGAAGAAGAAGAAGAAAAAGAGUUGUAUUUGUAGGAUGAGCCAGCCAACAGUGAUACUUGCCACUGCCAGCUAUGAUCACACCAUUCGUUUUUGGGAGGCCAAGAGUGGCCGCUGCUACCGCACCAUCCAAUAUCCUGAUUCGCAAGUAAACCGGCUGGAGAUAACCCCGGAUAAACGCUACCUGGCUGCAGCUGGUAAUCCUCACAUACGAUUGUUUGAUGUUAACUCAAAUAGCCCUCAACCGGUUAUGAGCUAUGAUUCACAUACCAAUAAUGUAAUGGCAGUUGGGUUCCAAUGUGAUGGUAAUUGGAUGUAUUCUGGUUCAGAGGAUGGCACAGUUAAGAUCUGGGAUUUGAGGGCGCCAGGUUGUCAAAGAGAAUAUGAAAGUCGUGCAGCAGUAAACACUGUUGUGCUGCACCCAAAUCAGACUGAGCUAAUAUCUGGUGACCAAAAUGGCAAUAUUCGUGUGUGGGAUUUGACAGCAAAUUCGUGCAGUUGUGAAUUGGUGCCAGAGGUGGAUACAGCUGUACGCUCUUUAACAGUAAUGUGGGAUGGGAGCUUAGUAGUUGCAGCAAAUAAUCAUGGAACAUGUUACGUGUGGCGUCUGUUGCAAGGGACUCAGACAAUGACAAACUUUGAGCCGCUUCAUAAGCUGCAAGCACACAAGGACUCCUACAUCCUCAAAUGUCUUUUAUCACCCGAGUUCUGUGAACCGCACAGGUACUUGGCAACUGCAUCGUCUGAUCAUACUGUCAAGAUAUGGAAUGUUGAUGGUUUUACACUAGAGAAGACUCUGAAAGGUCAUCAGCGCUGGGUGUGGGAUUGUGUCUUUUCUGUGGACGGUGCCUACCUUAUUACAGCUUCGUCUGAUACAACCGCUAGGCUUUGGUCUAUGUCAACUGGUGAAGAUAUUAGGGUUUACCAAGGGCAUCAUAAAGCUACAAUUUGCUGUGCCCUACACGAUGGGGCUGAACCCGCAACUUCCUGACAUAAUGGUCAUAAAGUUAUUCUCCGUCAGAUAUAUCUGUUUUGUAAAUAAUUAUCUGCUUCUUUGGUUUGUGAAGUUUACUCCAGUUCGUAGACGACAUGCAUUUGUUGUCAAUAACUCUUUAACACUGUAAAUCCUCAUAGGGGAUGAAAAACAUUAUCGGGAGUAAUCUGAAUUGUAAAUUAAGAAUAUCUUUAAUAUUAUUUGUGGGUAAUUUCUCAACUAGAGUAAUCUUAUCAAAUAGUGGAUCGAAACACACAAGAAUUAAUAUU